AGGUUCGCACCCUCUUCGUGAGCGGCUUACCCAUGGACGCAAAACCCAGGGAGUUAUACCUACUAUUUCGUGCCUAUAAGGGUUAUGAAGGGUCGUUGCUGAAAGUUACUCAGAAAAACGGGAAGACAUCGUCGCCCGUGGGGUUCGUCACAUUCUCCUCUCGGGCGGGAGCCGAGGCCGCGAAACAAGAACUUCAGCAGGGUGUCCGGUUCGACCCCGAUCUGCCGCAGACGAUUCGGCUGGAGUUUGCCAAGAGCAACACAAAGGUUAGCAAACCGAAACAACAGUCUCCUCCUGCCGCAGCCACGCACCCGACACUUCUGCACCCUAUUACGGGACAAGAGAUCGGAGCUGCCCUGCUGCCUGGAGCUCAUGAUGGUUGGCCACAUCACCCGCUCUCCUACGCCGAAGUGCCCGUUACCACUACGCUGCACACUGCGGCUCUCAUGCACCCCGCUCUUCAUGCUCAGUUGCCCUCAGGGGCGCGGACGGUCGGUGACCCGUGGUGGAUGGGUUCGCAGCCUCCGCUGACGGUUCCUCACCCGCUGUCCCACGCCGCGCUAGCCGGGAGCGCCGCAGCCAUGCACGCCACCAUUCCGCCGCCCCACCUGGUGGCCAGCCCCGCGCUAGCCUCGCCCGUGGGCUCGACCUCGUCGACGGCCGCCACUCCGCCUUGCUCCACCCUGUUCGUCGCAAACCUGGGCCAGUUCGUCUCCGAGCAGGAGCUCAAGGACCUCUUCGGAAGGACGUCCGCCUUGCAACACAUGCUAUGAAUGCCUUGCAGGGAUGCGUACUGUUCUCCUCAGAUCGGGGUGGAGUCCGUAUUGAGUUCGCCAAAAACAAGAUGGGAGAGGUUUCCCGUGAAUGAGGAUCUUGAAAGAUCAAGGAAAAGAUACAAGAUGUUUUAGACGAGUCUGUAUGUAUACAUCUUAGACAUACACAUGUAUACAUGUAAACGCCCAUAGUUACAACAACUAAAUGUUUGAUUUAAAAUUGUUUUCCUCGCGCCUUUGAAUAGUAGGUAUGUUUUGACUGUGAACUUCAAGUGUGCUGCUGCCUUCAAUUGUGCAACUUUGAAAACAGACACACAAACACUAUGUGCGCAUUGUGUAGAGCUGGUACCUGUUUAUGCGCCUACAUGACAUCAAGAUAUACAAUCCACCAGUAAUUGAGUGAUAGGUGCCGUCACUCUGUAUUUGUCGUUUCAAGGUUUUAGUAUUAAUUUAGUAAGGUGCAUCAUUCCGCCUUUACUAGAGGGCAUUAAAUUGUUCCAAUUUGUGAUUUAUUUGAACCAAAAGGAUUUAACUCAAACUGAGUCACCUGAGAUGUUGAGCGCUACACGUUGUGGAGAUGCAUUCGGUUUUUUGUAUUUUUCUCUGUCUUCACAUGAAGUAUAUUCCAAAUGUGUUAAGACUACAACAGUUUUGGGGAAUUUUAGGAAUGAAAUGUUCGUGCCUCACUUAUUGCCCUUUUUUAAACAUCCUGUUCCAGACGAAAUAUAUUUUAGUCUCCAUCAUUCCCCGAGUUAGUAUUCAUUCUUUUAAUAAUUAUUUUGGAAAAAUAGAUUCCGUGUUUCCCAAAGAAUUUGCAGGUCGUAAAAUUGUACAUGUUUAUUUUGUGCGAUUUUCAUAGACGCAUUGAUUGCCAAAGAUAUCUAUUGCAUUUUAAUAUUUUGAUAGCCUUAAUUUGAAUUUAUUAGUGCUAGUCAUAAUGUACAAAUAAUAUCUCUGAUAUUUAUAAACAACCAAAUUUCUUUUCGACUCUGUCAUUUCAUGGAUGUUUCAUAGGUCUCCAAAGAAAAUGCUUUGUAUUGUGAGUUCUGUCAUUUCAUUUUUUCUUGUUAUUUUCUGUUUUAUUGAUUGUAUGUUUCAGUCAAAUCUAUAUGCUAAUAUAAUCUCUUAUGCCGUUUGAUAAUUUAUAUUAGAUAGUAUGGGUUGGGGUUCUUGUUACAUUCCAUUUAUAAACUCUGCCAUUGACUUUGAUUUGUCGCCUGGUGAACAUAAGUAAUAACAUAUAUAUAAUGUUCCUGAAGCUUUUAUUCUAGCGUUUGACCUCUAUUUAUGCCUAUUUUUGGCGCUUUUCAAGGUGUAUUAUUUUUUCAAUUUUUAUAAUACACUUGUUAUUUUUGACAACAUUCCGGAAUUUUUGAAGUUUCAUAUUCUUUGAGAUUUUGAAAGUUCGCUUGCUUUUUUCAGAGGUUGUGCUGAUUUAUUUGCUGCUUUUUGCUUGUUUUCAUGUUAAACAUAACCUUCCUUGUUUUUGUGUAUUUUAAGCUACUAAA